CAAAGCGCUCAGCUGUGAGCAGAGUUUUCACCCCGGACCUGUCCAAUCAGACCUCACUCGUAGACUGGAGGAUCAUCCGGAGGCCACGUUACCAGUCUACCAGUCGUGCUGGCUGAGCGCAGCCCAGAUGUGCCAGGAGCUGCAGAGGGUCAAAACCUAAGGGAGGAGGGAGAAGAAAAUGGAGUGUGAGUGACGAUCAGACUAGCAUGCGAGCGAGUUGGGAGGAAACGGUGCGCCUGGGUCGCCUAGAGCACCCUCCACCACGUGCUCACACCCCCGGAGAACACGCCCGGGGAGGCCUGUGAAGCUGCUGCAAGUGAAAGAAGAGGGAGGAAUGGAAAUCAUCUUGUUGGAAGGAACUCAGACCCGGUUACCACCACCUCUGCUUCUCUGAACUUUUCCUUCUGGUCUCCAGUGACCAGGACGGCCUCACCACCCCCCUUCCUUGCAUUCGGCCCAAAGUCAUCUUCGUCUCUUUCUUCUCCCCACCCUAGAUCGUCCUCUCUCUUUACCCAACCCCUCCACCCACCAAGUAGCAGCGAGGCAUUCAAAGCGCGCACCUCCCGGGCUAGGGAUCUCAAUUACAAAGUGUGGGUGCAGAAGUCUGGGAAGGGCCACCGCGAGCGGCAGCGUGUCCUGGACCUGUUCCCGGCUUGGACUGCACCUGAGCGUUUUCCUUCCGCGACCCCCUCUCCUACCAGCCUCCUUGCUCUUUCGCUCGUGCUCUGCAGCAGCGCACUCCCGGCUUGCUAGCCGCGGGAGGGAGAACACACACAGGGUGGAGAGAGCCGGGGUGCUCCGGUGGAAGGCACCCUCCACCCCGAAGUCCGGGAAAGCCCGGCCGACCACAGGGACCGUGCCACCGCCCUCGCGGGUCCCAGACUUCUGGCCUGUCUUCAACUUCGCGGUGCGCUCAGGCAGCAGCAGCCAGGAUGGAGCUGCCUUGUCGCCGCCGGGUGCCGCCAGGCUCUCCUCUGCUACACAGCGGCUCCCUAUCCUCCCUGGAGUCCAGCGUCUUCUGUAGCGAGGGCGAAGGGGAGCCCUUGGCGCUGGGAGACUGCUUCACGGUCAACGUGGGCGGCAGCCGCUUUGUGCUCUCGCAGCAGGUGCUUUCUUGUUUCCCGCACACGCGCCUUGGCAAACUGGCAGUGGUGGUGGCCUCCUACCGCCGCCCCGGUGGCCUGGCCGCCGUGCCCAGCCCUCUGGAGCUCUGCGACGACGCCAACCCGGUAGACAACGAGUACUUCUUUGACCGAAGCUCGCAGGCGUUCCGCUAUGUCCUGCACUACUACCGCACGGGCCGCCUGCACGUCAUGGAGCAGCUGUGUGCCCUCUCCUUCCUUCAGGAGAUCCAGUACUGGGGCAUCGACGAACUCAGCAUCGACUCUUGCUGCAGGGACAGAUACUUCAGAAGAAAGGAGCUGAGUGAAACUUUAGACUUUAAGAAGGACACAGAAGACCAGGAAAGUCAACAUGAGAGUGAACAGGACUUCUCACAAGGACCUUGUCCCACUGUCCGUCAGAAGCUCUGGAAUAUCCUGGAGAAACCUGGGUCUUCCACAGCUGCCAGAAUCUUUGGCGUCAUCUCCAUCAUCUUCGUGGUGGUGUCCAUAGUCAACAUGGCACUCAUGUCAGCUGAGUUGAGCUGGCUGGACCUGCAGUUGCUGGAAAUCCUUGAGUAUGUGUGCAUUAGCUGGUUCACUGGGGAGUUUGUCCUGCGCUUCCUGUGUGUGCGGGACAGGUGCCGCUUCCUGAGAAAGGUGCCAAACAUCAUAGAUCUCCUGGCCAUCUUGCCCUUCUACAUCACUCUUCUAGUAGAGAGCCUGAGUGGAAGUGAGACCACACAGGAGCUGGAAAACGUGGGGCGCAUCGUCCAGGUUUUGAGACUGCUCAGGGCUCUGCGCAUGCUAAAGCUGGGCAGACACUCCACAGGGUUACGCUCACUUGGGAUGACAAUCACCCAGUGUUAUGAAGAAGUUGGCCUACUGCUCCUCUUUCUAUCUGUGGGAAUUUCUAUAUUCUCAACAGUUGAAUAUUUUGCUGAGCAAAGCAUCCCUGACACAACCUUCACAAGUGUCCCCUGUGCGUGGUGGUGGGCCACAACAUCCAUGACUACCGUGGGAUAUGGGGACAUUAGACCAGACACCACCACAGGCAAAAUUGUGGCCUUCAUGUGUAUAUUAUCAGGAAUCCUUGUCCUGGCUUUGCCUAUUGCUAUUAUUAAUGAUCGCUUCUCUGCUUGCUACUUCACCUUGAAACUCAAGGAAGCAGCUGUUAGGCAGCGUGAAGCACUGAAGAAGCUCACCAAGAAUAUAGCCACCGACUCAUAUAUCAGCGUUAACCUGAGAGAUGUCUAUGCCCGGAGUAUCAUGGAAAUGCUUCGCUUAAAAGGCAGAGAAAGAGCAAGUACUAGGAGCAGUGGGGGAGAUGAUUUCUGGUUUUAGUGCACCUUUAAUUUAUUUAUAAAAGCUGUGUACAAUUAACUUGAUUGAUAAAGCCUUGAUAUAAAUGUCUAUAGACUGCCGAUGAGUCUCUUUUGAGCACUAUCUGUCUUAAUUUUUGAUGAUACAUUCAUUGCUUGAUCUGCUAGAAUAUUUCACAGCCCCCAUAACAACUGCACAAUGUUUUGACACAUUUGAGUCUCAAAAACAGCAAAUUAACACAAUCAAACAUAAUUGGACUAAUAUACACUUGUGUAAAUUGUCAAAUAUGCAAUAGGAUCAUUGUAAUGUUUAUGACAAAGUUAAAGGUUCUAUGUAUCACUAAUUUUAGAAGUGUUUUGCACCCUUAAUUUUUAAAACAUGGAAGUGAAGUGACAUAGUCCAGAGAAAAGACGAGUGAACAUUC